AAACGGAAGUUGUCUCCUGAAGACUCGCACUCGCACACCAAAAAAAGUCCCAGAAAGGAGAAAAGGCUGUCAUGGAAGCUCCUUCAGCUAUUUUCUCUCUCCUUCGCUGAAACGAUGAGAAAAGUUGAUUAGUCGGGAAGCUUUAAAGAUUGGAUAACGCGACCAUCAUGCUGUAGUCGUCGAGCAGUGGAGCUUGUUUGUUCGUGACAAAACUCGUCAUCCAGAAGAUCCUACAACAUGUCCACUCAUAAACUUCGACAGUCCAACAAGCAGGAGAGGAAAAGUAGUUUCUUCAAGUUGAUUGAGUCCUUCGCCUUGGAAAUCGGCACUUUGAAAAAGGAGAUGGGAAAAAAUCCUGAGAGACCAGAAGAAGACCACAAGACGGACCCAAUGCUUGGGAUGGGUGAAGAAGUAGGAGGGAUUUUCUUGCAGGCAUCCCCCUGUGCUGGCAUGGGGACAGGACUGGCUGGAGCAAGAGAUUCAGGCUAUGACUCCCUCCAUCGGCGACUAAGUGUGCUGGACAGAUUAAUCAAGACACAUCCUGUUUGGCUCCAACUGGACUUAAGCCACCAGAAUGCUGUAGACGUGCUGCAUAGCCAACAACCUGGGGCGUUUGUGGUCCGGAGGUCAUGCAGCUUGCAGAAAAAGGUCCUCUCCCUACGUAUGGACAAGAACUCUCCAGUUCCUGUAAAAGACUUUGUCUUUAAGGAGAGCCAGUACACUUUCUCUUUGGAAGGAUCAGGCCUGAGCUUUGCAGACCUAUUUCGCCUUGUGGCUUUCUACUGCAUCAGCAGGGAUGUGCUUCCCUUCACCCUGAAGCUCCCAGAGGCCAUCGCUUUGGCCAAAACAUCUGCUGAGCUUGCAGAGCUGGCAAAACUUGGAGCAGGUUUCUGGGACACUGAUUGGUUUAACAAGAGGAAGUAUUUGGACAUACCACCUCAGCCUAGCUCACUCCAUCUCUCUGUCGCACCUGCUCCUGGUCACUCUCGGCUUCGAACUCGUACCCCAUCAGAGCUUGAGUGCUGCCAGUCUAAUGGGGCUCUUUGCUUCAUUAAUCCUCUUUUCAUUAAGGUUCAUCAGCCGGAUAGCAACCAGACCCCUGACUCUGUUUUUCCUGGUAUGAGUAAAGACCCUCUUAGCCCAGGAACCGACACACGUGGCUUUAGUGGUGACUCUCCUGCAGGCUGUAACCCUAACAUCAGUGACAACAAACCACAGAGCCUUGGCACGAACACUAUACUACUACAAGCGCAAAAGAAGCAAAGUGGUGUCAUCCCAGAAUCACAGUGGCCUCCAGCCCGUCCGCCUCCACCUCGUCGAUCAGCAACUUCUAUCUGGCAGCACAGCAUGCCGGAGAAAAUUCCUUGGAUUAAUGUUCCCAAAGAGAAGGUGGAAGAGAAAGACAGAGGCAGCAGCCUUUUAUCCCGUCUUGGUUCUUCACUGAGCAUCAACCCCUCAUCAUCUCCUCCUAAGAGACUCAGCAUCAGCUCUCCUAUCUCAAUCCCCAGACCCUCGCUGCCUAUCUCUUUAGCUUCCCUGUCCUCCUCGCCUCGUAGACCCAAGUCUUUACCAUUUUCCUCCCUGGACGAUGUCCAAUGCCACUUGGCCCUCGAGGAGCAGACUAUUGAGAAGGCCCUUCUUAAAGCCAGACUAUCUCAGCAGAAUGGCACUGCAGAUCACAGCCAGCCCUGCAGCAGUCUUCCGGAAUCUUCCACAAUGACUAUAAGUAAACAAGCAGAGGUGCGAGGAACAGGAGGAGAGGCUGGAGAAGAAUGCAAUGAGCGUCACCAACGUCUGAGCGACAUGAGCCUUUCCACGGAUUCUUCGGAUUCUCUUGAUUCCUCUUUAUCCUUCUUCCUACCUCCUCUUCACGACCCCAGUCCGCCCACUGUGGCUGAUUUUAAUGCCCACCUUCCCCUUUCGCUCCCCUCCUCCCAUCUUCUCUACUCCAGCAUGGAGGAAGAUGAGGAUGAGGAGGAGGAUGAAGACGAAGACGAACAUGACUAUGGUGUCAGUGUGGAGAGUGAUCAGGACCAAGACCAGGACCUGACCAUGAUACCACCGGGGUGCAGGACAAGGCGGCGCCCCAGUGCUAGCGCCUUGGUCCUUCAGAAAGCACUGCAAGGUCAGCUACGCAAGGUGAGCGGCGUUUUUAACUCGCUGUUGACGCCGGAAAAGCGAGCCAUACGUAGGGUGGUGGAACUGUCCAGAGAUAAGGGCUCCUACUUCGGCUCCUUGGUGCAGGACUACUUGAGCUACAUGGGUGAGGGCGCAGGCGCCCAGACCUGGCAAAGUUUUGCUUCUGGUCUGGAGCUUCUUCAGACUCUGCGUCAGUUUAUCACUCAAAUGAAGAGUUACCUGCGUCAGAGCUCAGAGCUGGGAUUACCUAUUGAGAGCCUCAUACCUGAAGAACAAAUAGACCCUGUCCUGGAGAAGGCCAUGUACAAGUGCGUCCUGAAGCCGCUCAAACCUAUGGUUAGCGCUGCCCUGCAGGAGUUCCAGGUGCGCAGCGGCGAGUGGCAGGAGCUGAAGGAAAACAUGUCUCUGGCGAAGGCCCGGCCACCACAGGAAAUGGGAGUGGACGACGCGGUGCCGCCAGACCCCGUCGCCAUAGAAAAGAUCAAGUACAAGUUUGACAGCAUGUGCAAGCUGUACUCGCCUGAGAAGAAGGUCACCAUGCUGCUGAGAGUUUGCAAACUCAUCUACACCAUCAUGGAGGACAAUUCAGGUCGUCUGUAUGGUGCAGAUGACUUCCUGCCAAUGCUGACAUAUGUGUUGGCACAGUGUGACAUGCCCCAACUGGACAACGAGAUCCUUUACAUGAUGGAGCUGCUGGACCCCUCACUGCUUCACGGAGAAGGUGGCUACUACCUGACCAGUGCUUACGGAGCCAUGUCUCUGAUCCGGAAUUUCCAGGAAGAGCAGGCAGCCAGGGUGCUGAGCUCUGAAACCAGGAAUACUCUUCGCCAAUGGCACAAGCGCCGCACCUCUUUGCACUCAACACCUUCCUUCGAUGACUUCCAGAACUACCUACGGGUGGCGCUGCAGGAGCUAGACAGCGGCUGCACGGCCAAGACCCUCCAUGUGGGACCCUACGCCAACGUGGAGGAGGUGUGUCAGCUCUGCGCCCGCAAGUUCAAAGUGUCGGACUCCGACAAGUACGGCUUGUUCCUGCUGACGGGUGGCAGCAGCCAGCAGCUGGCGCCAGACACCCACCCUCAGAAGAUCAAGGCGGAGCUGCACACCCGCCCGCAAGCUGGCCCCUUCCACUUUGUCUACCGCCGCUUGGCCGACAGCAGCCCCUUGCCGACAGCUCCCAUCCUCGACAACCAUAACGUGACCUCUGAACCCCAGGUUAACCUACACAACCUCACGACAGACCUUCCCUCCCCUGACUCAGGCCUUAGCCUGUCCUGUUAGUAGACCUGCUUAUCUACCCAGUAAAAUUCUGGCAUUGAAUAUAUCCUAUUAUAGUAUAUGUCAUAUAAUAUUAUACCCAAUAUUAUUUAAUAGAAAAAAAAGUGCCAGUCUUUACCAUCCAGACUUCAACAAGGAUAAUAUUUUAUUAGAUAUUUGUUCUUUGCUUUCUUGACAGGCAAAUUUAAUGAAAUGGAGCCUUUAAUAGACUGUUAUGUGUUUUUUAAUUUAAAAAAAAACAAAGUAAUGUGCCAAUAGCCCAUAAGAAGCCAUUUAAAUUACAUGAUUGGUGGAACACAUUGAAAACAUUAAAUUAUAAUUGAUGUGAAAUAUGUUACAUCCAUACAUACAUUCAAAUAUAUUCCUUAUUUGUCACUUUAUAGUGUAGGACAAAUGAACUUUGGAAUUGAACAUCCAUCCAUCUAGCCAUUUUCUACCACUUGUCCCUUUUGGGGUUGCGGGGCAUGCUGGAGCCUAUCCCAGCUGCUCUCGGGCAGAAGUCGGGGUACACCAUGGACAAGUCGCCACCUCAUCGCAGGGCCAACACAGAUAGACAACAUUCACACUCACAUUCACACACUAGGGCCAAUUUAGUGAACACAUAUUCAUUGAAAGACUGACAGUUAGUGUCUCAGCAUCUUUGUGACAUAUAGUAGGCUUUCCGUAGCAAUGUAAAGGCUAAAAGCUUUUGUUAGCUUGUUUUCUAUGAAUACACUGGAUACAUAUAGUAAGAACAGGUGAAUUGUAAUAUCUGACACACUAUUAAAUUAUUGCGAUUGUUACAUUGAUUCAAAAGGGGCUUAAACGGUAUUAAUUAAGCUUUUGGAAAUGAGCUGCCUGAUAGGCGGCCAUUUUGGGGAACAACCGGGCAUUUACCUGACUGUGACAUGACCUGAAUGUUUCCUACACUUCACUUAGGGACACAUUAAAGUAGUAUGGCUUCUUAUAGGUUAAAAAAGUGGCCACUGACUGAUGACGUCAUCAUUGUUGUGCUCCUUACAGUUGCUGGCUAACUGUUGAGAUGUGUCGUCAAGCCUUUCCUUUGAAGUAGCGACACCCAGUGGUUGCUAAUGUGCACUACAAGUGUGCAAUCUUGGUAGCAUUCUAAAUUUGAUGACAAUUAUGUACAUGAAGCUGCCAUCGUCAUUACAUCAUUUUUAUUAUUAUUAUCAUCAUCAAUGCAGCUGUUGCUUUAAAUGGGAUUAUUGAGCAUUAACACUUUAAAGAAAGACUUUAAUUUAUAUUGCAAGUAAUGUGGACCUUGCAGACAAGUUUGCCAGUGGUAUUGAUCGAUGUAACUAACUCCGCAUAGUGUUGCUAUUCUACAGAGCAUCCUCAUCUGCCUUCAGAUCUGUCAUGGCGGACCUCUCUGUGCUACUGAAACAUCUAUUUUGUACAAAAAAGAAAGAAAAAAAAAUCCUACUAACUGGUUAAAAAAUGGCCGGUUUUCUAAAGCAGAGAUGCAAUGAGAUGUUUGUUGACGUUAAGAAAAACAAAAGUAUGAGGACGCUACAAUGGACAAAUCUGCAUGCAGUAUUACGCCUGGUACUACUGUAGUACUGUCUGUGUAAAACUACUUGAAGUGCAUUAUAUUUGUGUUUCCUACGACUACAAGUUGUGUCUGCUUGCACAAGCAAAGAAAAUACAGUGGACCAUGAUUAUGUCCACUCCCCUUGGAGUGGCUGACUUGCCUCGACACAAGCGGUUGUUGACAUAAUUGGUUGUUGACACGAGCGGUUUUCGACAUCAAGGGUUGUUGACGACUGCUUGUGUCGAAAUAGCAAUUUGACGGCAUAGGCAGUUGUUGACAAAAGUGAUUGUCUCCAAGGGGUUUGUUGACGUAAGAGGUUGUCAACUUAAUAGGUUAUUGACAUGUUCAGCGAUCAAUGACAACUGCCUAUGCCAACACCUGGCUAUGUCGACACAACUGGCUUUCGACACAAACAGUUGUCGACGUAAGCGAUUGUCAGCGUAGCCAAAACUAGCCAUCGCUUGUACAUUUACUUGUGACUUUGUCAGUAGACAUGAGAAGAAUGACUGAUAAUAAAGAAUUGUUAAUUGUUGACAUGGUUCUGUGCAUAUUUUUUGUUUGCGUGUUGUAUUUCCUACUUGACAUUGUUGUCCUACUGUGUGUAAGGGACAAGCGGUUCAGUCUUCCUUCUAAUGCUAUAACUCUCCUGGCCUUUGUACUGUGAUGUGAUUUGUUGAUGUUCCGUCUUCCCGAAAUGUCUGCUCGCAUGUUUUAUGGCACACUUUCCACAUUUUGAUAUGUUACAGCCUUAUUCUAAUAUGGAAU